AUGUUUCAUCCAAUAUCCUUGACAACGCAAUCAGAAGAAGCAUCAUGUAACACGUGUGGUAAGACAGUUCCCAUAGCAACACUGACAACAUGGCUGGAGAUGUGUGGAGUAGACUACCAAGAGUGGGACGACACUGAGAUUAACAAACCUUACAGGAGAGCAGAGCAGACGUUUGAGAAACAGGACCACAGAGAACGAAAGUUUUUUGAGUGGAGCCGCGCACACGGACUGAGUGACGACACUGUCUUCACCCUACUCUCCUACAAUAUUAAGAGGAUAUCAUCACUUAGGAACACUCCGGUAGACUUUCUUGAUGAGAUGGAACUCUCCAAGGGCCAGAAGAUUAUACUCCGAUCCCUCAUGAUUGACGAUUGGAGCUGUUCAUUCUGUGGCACGUACCACACUUCUCCUAAAAAUAGCUGCAGUCUCUCCUCACGACGACCAGGGCCCUCAACCCCCGCAAUACACGAGAGAGGGGGGUCUCUCAAGUCUAGACCGGAGAAACAGAGUAUUACCCCGGGGAAGUACCCGAUCAGGGCCUGCAGAACCGGCAGUGUCAUGCAGAGUCCCAGAUGUAACAGUCUCCCGGAUGAGGAGUACUUUGACAAUAACGACUACGAUUCAGAGCUGGACGAGGACCCGCUAGAGGCGGUGCUCAAGAGAGGUCGGAGAAACACGACCGGUCAGAACUUUGGUUACUUGAACUGUCAUCCUAAAUACUGGGCAGAUAUCCUGCCUGUCCCUAGCAAACUCAUCAAGAUGCUCUGAAUACUGGGCAGACAUCCUGCCUGUCCCUAGCAAACUCAUCAAGAUGCUCUGAAUACUGGGCAGAUAUCCUGCCUGUCCCUAGCAAACUCAUCAAGAUGCUCUGAAUACUGGGCAGAUAUCCUGCCUGUCCCUAGCAAACUCAUCAAGAUGGUCUGAAUACUGGGCAGAUAUCCUGCCUGUCCCUAGCAAACUCAUCAAGAUGCUCUGAAUACUGGGCAGAUAUCCUGCCUGUCCCUAGCAAACUCAUCAAGAUGCUCUGAAUACUGGGCAGAUAUCCUGCCUGUCCCUAGCAAACUCAUCAAGAUGCUCUGAAUACUGGGCAGAUAUCCUGCCUGUCCCUAGCAAACUCAUCAAGAUGCUCUGAAACGCGCCUACAGAUAUCCUGCCUGUCCCUAGCAAACUCAUCAAGAUGCUCUAAAUACUGGGCAGAUAUCCUGCCUGUCCCUAGCAAACUCAUCAAGAUGCUCUGAAUACUGGGCAGAUAUCCUGCCUGUCCCUAGCAAACUCAUCAAGAUGCUCUGAAACGCGCCUACAAAUGAAGUACAGAUAUCCUGCCUGUCACUAGCAAACUCAUCAAGAUGCUCUGAAACGCGCGUACACAUGAAGUUAAUGCAAUCGUUUUUUUUCCUGCUUGAAAGCUUAAAGUAGCGGAUUUUUGAAGGAACUGCUAUAGUCUAUACUAGCACUUUGAACACAGGAGUUGAAUACCACAAGAUCAAGAGGUUGUGUUUCAAAGAGAAUGAGAAGUUUCUUAAAGAGACCAGACAGUGAGUCCAUGAUGAGUCCAAAAUGGCUUAGCAAUAUUAGAUGAGAUCGUUGAUAUGAUUAAUUUCCAGAUCAGUCAGCAUACAUGUCUGAAUGAUUGGGGCUACAGACAGUUUUAUAGUUCAAAACACUAGUUUGAAGACAUCAUUGAGUGGUUUGAUUGAUUGUUUUUGAUAUAUAGAUAGUUAACAUGAUUAUUUAAAUUUUUA